AAAUGGUCAUCAUGGAAAAGUCUACAAACAGCAAGCAAGGCAGCAUCAAAGGUGAAGCAGGACGAGCCCUCACCAGGGGGCUACAACCCUAUCGACUACAAGCAGAAUCUUCCACGUUGGGGACUAUCGGGCUACAGCAAGUUCGCUGUGGGCAUCGGGACUUUGCUCUUCAGAUACUGGAGCAUCGUGAAGUGGAACCGCGAGCGCAGGUGCCGGCAGAUAAAGGACAUUGAGGCCCACAUUGCACUGAUGCCUCUGUUUCAGGCAGAGAAGGACUGGACAGUUCGCCAGAUGCUUUGGGAGAACUUGGAGGAGGAGGCGAUCGUCAUGGAGGACGUGCCAGACCGGCAGGUGGGCGAGCCCGUGUUCCACACAAGGCACUGGGUGACCCCAGUGAUGGAUGAACUCUCUGGGCUGUGCACCAAUGAGGAGAUUCUCAGCGCCACCUAUGGCUUCAAAUGGUACAGGUAGGAGCCUGCGCUCCUCAGGACAGCAGACCCCACCCCCUCCCCACUGGAGAGAAAAAACGCUCUGGAGACUGGCCAAAAACAAAAAAGUGUA